ACGAGAAUUACAAUUUUUAUUGUUAAUAAUAUCAUUAAAUGAAAUUAUUUUUUUGACAAAACAAAAUUGAAAAAUAUAAGUUAACAUCGAUUGGGUUUGCAUUUCAAAGGUCAUUUGACAAAAUGAAGUCGUUGUGGAUAUUAGUACUUCUGGCCGUCUACGUUAAAAUCUACGAUACAUCGGUUCGUUUUACAAAUAUAAAAUGUGCAGCUUUUCAUCCGGACUUCGCCACGUUUCAGCAAUGUCAGCUCAAAGUAAUUGCCCGCGGUGUUAUUGGUUUAAAUGUCCAUGUGAAAUUAUGGCAGUUGCCAGUUAAUAAUAUUUCAGUUAAUUUGGCUUUAUUUAAAAAAUUUAGCGGGUAUAAGCCAUUUCUAUACAACAUCACUGUAGAUUUGUGUAAAUAUUUAAAAAAUCCCAGAAAACAUCCAUUUCUUGACCUUUUCCAUCGCGUUAUUGUCAAUGAUUCGAAUAUUAAUCAUACGUGUCCCUAUAACCAUGAUAUUAUUGUAAAAAAUGUAUUAUUAAAUGAAAAUAAUUUUAAAUAUUUGCCAUUGCCACGCGGAGAGUAUCGUUUCGAUUUAAAAGUUGCCGCAUAUAACGAUUGGAAGGCAGAUGUGAAAGCUUUUAUCGAUAUAAGCAAUGAUUUGUAGAGAGCGAUUAAAAAUUUGUAAAAACAAUUA